AUGUCCCAAAGAUUGAUCAAAAGACUCUAUUCCACGAAAUCAAAAGUUGAAGAUGCCUUCACAAGGCGUUUAGCAGAACUAGAGAAUGAGAUUGUGAAGGAAACUGAUCCUUUAUUAGGAUCUCAGCACAAAUCGUUAAUAGAUAAAGAUGAACGAUUAAUCAAGCUAUCCAAUGAGCUUGACCAAAAGAGGUUUGAGCAUCAAAAUCAAAAGUUGAUUUACGCCUCCAAGAUUCCUUCAUAUGCUGGAAAACAGUCAAGAGAUAUCGCAUUUUCACAACCUUGGACAGGUCAAGAGUCUCAACAGGAUUCAUCAUUGCGGAUGUUGGUGGAUAAGCAUAAGCCAUUCAAGGUCAAGUCAGAAGUAAGAAAGCUUGCAAGUGCUAAGGAAACUGUCCUAGAUUACAGAAUAAACAAGAACGCUGAACCUGAGACCGAUGCUGAUGGUAAGUUUAGAGAGCUUUACAAGGAAAAAUUCACACCUAUCGGUUCUUUCGAUAAGAUCAGAAGUGUUGCUGAUGCUCGUAUUGAAGAGCAUAUGAAGCAAGGUGGGUUCAAAAAUAUACCCAGAGGCAAAAAAAUAGAAGGAAUAGAGGUGAGUGCUUAUGUUGAUCGUACUGAGCAUCAUUUGAACAACAUCCUGGUUAAUCAAAAUGUGGUACCUCCAUGGAUAGAGAAGCAAGGUGGUGUUAAUCUUGAAAUUGCAAUUUUUAGAAAAGAACUGAUUGAUAAAUGGAAAAGUUAUAUAACGUCCAACUACAACGAAGAUCAUAAAAGAAUGCAAAAAGAUUUCGAAGCUUCUGCUAAGGGAGAAUAUGAGCACAAGAUUAAGAGGCUGAAUAGCUCUAUAAGGACUUAUAAUCUUCAAGCACCUAUGCCAACACAAAAGUUUUAUGCCAUACAUGAAAAGGAAUUUCAAAGAUGUUUUGAAGCUGUUGAUGUGAAGCAGGUAUUAAUCGAGCAUGAAGAAGAGUUAUUGAGAAGAAAGAUUAAAAAUAGUGCGCAAAAUAACCAAUCAGCUUCUACAUCCUCAUUCUUCAGUUUCUGGAAUUGGAAGUAA